AUGGCGGGCGUGCUCAAGAACGUAUUUGGUGGCCAGCCUUCUGGCGCUGCCUCCGACGAUGAUUUCGCCGAUUUCGUCGAGGCUCCGAACCCAUCGCCUGCGUCCCUUGUCGCUGACUCGCCCACUCUCGCAGCAGCCAGCACCGGCGCUGCUGCUCCUUACACAGCAUGGUACCGGAUUUGGGAGCGGACAUCGCCUAAGGAUUUCAUGCAGGAGGCCAUGAUCAUGCCUUUCAUCGUGGUCCUUGUCCUCUUCCAUCUCUGGGGUACAAGCAAGAACCGUCGCAAGGCGCGCGAUUGGGCGAAGUCCCAUAUCCCUGCUUUGCAGAAAGAGUUUGCUGUGGUCGGAUUUGAUGGCAUCGCCCGUAACCAGGAGGGUGACGCUCUCACUGUGGAAUUGAGCAACCCGGAGAAGAGCCUGAAGGAGAAGUCGGCCCACGAGUUCUCAACCUACGCUACCGGUCGCCAGAACGUCGCCUUUGUCGAUAUCUCUCUGAAGAUGCCUAAGCGCUACAACCCUGUUACCUACCUCAUGGAGCUGGCUUUCGGUUUCUUUUUGGAGAGCUGGGAGACUCCCACUGACCGUUACGAGGCUCUGAUGUACGGUUUCGAUGGUAAGGAGAAGGAUUUGGUUCCUGUCUUCUCCAAGGAUACCCCUUUGAAGGUUAACAACUCUACCUACGAUGGAUUCAUCUGGGCUGUGGUUCACAAGAGCCACAUGCGCAAGUUCCGCACUGAUCGUUACGAUGCCUCGAUGACCUUCUCCAAGGAUCACCCCAAGCUGCCUCAGUGGGUUACUGUGAUGUCUGAGAGUGCUGAGAUCACCGAUACCCUUCUCAGCAAGGAGCUUAUCCAAGCGAUUGAGCAGGCUGGCAAUGACUUUGAGUUCCUGAUUGUGACUGACCAGCCCAUCGACAAGCCUACCAGCAUCGAUGAGACUGCCCCCAAGAAGCGCAUCCAGCUCUCGGUUAACCUCUCCUCCGGUACCGAAGCCACCCUCCCCCUGUUCAACCAGUUCCUGCGCUUCGGCGACAAGCUUGUUACUGCUGCCCACUUCCGUGGUGAAGUCAUGCGCAAGGUUCGCAGUGUCCGUGACGAGGAGAUCAAGAAGCUCCGUCGCGUUGAAGAGGAGGAGAAGGCCGAAGAGCGCAAACUGGCUGCUGAGAAGAUCAAGAAGGAUGAGCGUGAGCGUCUUCUUCGUGGAAUGACCGCCGAUGAGCAACGCAAGUACCUGGAUCGUGAGAGUCAAAAGGAGCAGCGACGAAACCAGAAGCGUAUGACCCGUCGAGGUUAA